UUACUUUCACUUUCACAGCCUUAGGAAAUAAGAUAUCAGAAGUAGGCUAGAAUAUGAACCACACAUUGUUUUGGCAUAUCUAAUUUGAAUUUACUUGUAUUUAUUAUCUAAACAAACAAACGAAUUAGCAAAUAUGCCCAAACUAACGCUCAUCGGAUUGUACUUUUGGAUUUGUCUUUCGCAAAYGGUGGUUUCCGGAGAGGAUCGUUAUCAUAAAGUGGACYGUGAGCUGGUGUUGACACCGGACAAGUCCACAGUGCCUGACUCCAUCACAAGCAUCCUAUGGAAGCAUGGGAAGGACAAGGUGGCAGAGUGGGACAAUGAUUUUGGUGGUCUGGACAUCUAUGCUGCCUUCAAAAACCGUACAACCCUGYACCAGACUACUGGAGAGCUGAGAAUCAGUGGAUUGAAGAAAACAGACAUUGGAGUUUAUUCUGUGGAGUUCAACAGCAAACUGCUUGACAAGACAUAUACACUGUCUGUUAUCAAGGCAGUCCCCAAACCCACAAUCACUUCUUCCUGUAACGCCAACCUAACCUCCUGCACUCUGACCUGUGAGGGCAACACCACUGAUGCUGAA